AGUUACUUCGUACCGUUUUUUUCGAUUUGUAUUUUCUAUUUUUAGGAAACUUUCUUUUCUUUAUUUUCUGUCUUUGGUUUAGCUGCUAACCUUAAAACAAAGAACAAAACUAGACAGUGACCUGCGAAUCUGCGAUCAUAGGAACAAAAGUCACCAAAGCGGCCGCGAUGGUGAAGAACAAAACAGAUUACGAGGAAGAUGGUGAGACCAAUGGGGUCAAAACGAAGGCAAAAAAGAGGAAAGCGGUGAGAGAUGUCGAGGAGGAUGGCCGCGGCGAAGAUGACAACAGCAGGAAGACUAGGAAGAAGGAUGCGGCGGAACCUGAAACGGGACCCUGUGCCGGAGAGGAGGAGACUCCGGCGGAUCCGCCGGCGGAGGAGGACGCUAAGCCUAUAGGCCGUGUGGUUAGGGUUAGGGGAAAAGGCCGAUGCCGGAGGAAUCACUACGCUGCCUUCCAGUAUAAUGGAUUCCAGUUUGACCUAGAUGAUCCAGUGCUGAUAGUUCCUAAGGAGACAAAACAAAAACCUGGGGUUGCUAUUAUUAAGGAUAUUUAUAAGUCCCACAAAGGGAGCAUGAUGGUAGCUGGGCAGUGGUUUUAUCGACCUGAAGAGACAGAAAUUAGCACAGAGUCCGUCAUGCACAGGUGUACGGUGCAUUUUAUCCCCUUAAAUAAACAGAUUCCAAUGCGCAGUCAACAUCCCGGUUUUUUUGUCCAAAGAAUUUACGAUACGGAGAAGAUGAAUCUUUUUAAGUUGUCUGAGAAUGAUUAUGAAGAGAGCAGGCAGCACGAGAUUGAUCUCCUUGUUCAGAAAACAUUUUCACGACUUGGAGAUCUUCCUGACAUUGAGUCCGAGGAUGCUGCUCUUGUGAAGGAAGACCAUUUGACCGUGUCGACGAAAGAGUUAAAAGAGGGUAUGACAACAGAAGAAAUAAAGUCGGCGGCAACCUGAUGAGGAAGAGCUCAAACAGCCUCAGUUUGGAUCCUGUGGGAGUACUUGGGACGCAUCAAGACAUGAAGUUUCCUCACACGGCAAGAAAUGAUAUACACUCCC